UCCCAUUUUUUAUUUUCUACAGUUACUCUCUCUCACCACUCCCUCCCCACGACGCAACCCAACGCAACUUACGCAACCUUCGCCAACCAGAGCGAGAGAGCAAACCUCGCACGUUUGUUCUCUCUCUCUCUCUCUCUCUCUCUCUCUCUCUCCACUUUUGAACUGAAUCCCCUCCUCCUUUCUCUCUCUCAUCAAUCAACGCUACUGCUUUUCGCCCUUCAUUUCCUGCUCAACUUGGACAUCACCGUUGGUUUCAGUUGCUUGUUUGACUUGAGAAUGGCAAAAGUUAGCAAGUUGCGGCAGAAGUCUGAUUCUCGACGUCACAAGGCCAACCCAUAUCUAGUUCCGUCUCAUUCUUCGAAGGUUUCGAAAGAUGUCCGCCAAAAGAAGAAGAGUUCAAAAGUAUCGGAGAUGAAAGAGUGGAAGGAUGCAAAGUGCUCUGUUUGUAUGGAGUAUCCUCACAAUGCGGUCCUUCUCCUUUGCUCCUCUUACCACAAGGGUUGCCGCCCUUACAUGUGUGCCACUAGCAAUCGCUAUUCCAACUGUCUUGAGCAGUACAAGAAGGCUUAUACUAAAACCACUUCGACCCAGAUUGCAGAAUCCAGUCAUGGGACCAUGGACAACACAGCUUUUAAUCUAGGGUUUGAUUGCCCCGAUGAAAAAGCAGAAGUAUCGGAGCUUUUGUGUCCGCUUUGUCGUGGUCAGGUCAAAGGUUGGACUGUGGUAGAGCCUGCACGUAAUUAUCUUAAUGCCAAGAGGAGAACCUGUAUGCAAGAUAAUUGCUCAUUUGUUGGAACUUAUAAAGAACUUAGGAAGCACGUCAGGGCAAAGCACCCACGGGCCCGCCCACGCGAGGUGGACCCUUCACUUGCUGAGAAAUGGAAGAGGCUCGAGCAUGAGAGAGAAAGAGAUGAUGUGAUCAGUACAAUUAGAUCGUCCACCCCAGGGGCAAUUGUGAUUGGCGAUUAUGUAAUUGAGAGGAACUAUCGCGGGUUUUCUAGCGAUUAUGAUUUGGAUGACUAUAUGGACGAUCCUAUUUUCAGGUUUGAAUCCUUGGGUGGAGGGAGGAAUGGUGAUUUCAACUUUGAGAGGGGGUAUCACUCAUCUGAUGAAGAAGAUGGUGACAUGGGGGGGACUGGAGCUGCAUCUGGUCGUUUUGGGGAUAAUUUUUUCUCUCGAUUUCGCCGAUAUCGCAGUAGAUUCGCGCCUGAAAGGUUGGGGAGGAGGCGGAGGCGCAGAGCAGCUAAUAGAGGUUUAUAAUUUUCACUUUCUACCACUAAAAAUGGAAGUGAAAAGUGUAGAAUUUGGAUCACAAUAAAGAAAAAAACUAUGCCGCUUGGUGUUCAUAGCUAAGUUGGGUUCCUAUCAGUAGAUCAAUUCGGAAGCAUGGGUCUUCUGGUGUUUAUGGUGUCUAGUAUUGUGAAUUAUCUUACAGUUUUCUGGUUUCGAUUCAUAGAUUAGAUGUCAUUUGGUUUUAUGCACGGUGGUCAUUGAAACAUGACAAAAUUGAUGAUCAAAGUGUGUUAAAUGUUUCUGUGGACAUGUCAUUGCUUUGCUUCAUACUCCGGAAUGUAUCAGGGCUGUACUCGUGAUUUCUUCGGUUACAGUUUGGAUGAUAUUGUGAAGAUUUUUCUUUU